GAAAAGUGAUUGGCUUUUGGUGAACCCUGGUCAUUGCCCCAUGUGCCCGUCCAUCUUUUUGUGGAUGCACUUAAACUCCUAAAGAAUAUGCUGCCAUCUUGAGCCCAGACGAUACAACCAGUCCCUAGCAAAAACCACCAAUUUACUCCUGAAGAAGGGCGGCAAUACGCUCCUGGACACCAGCCUUGCGCUGCUCGUGGGUGAGCUUGGACUGGCGGUACUUCUUGGACUCAGCCUUCCACUCCUCCUUGGUCUUCUUGGGCGCGUCGGACUCGUACUUCUUGAAGGGGUCCUCGCGGAUGGCCUUGUGGGCCUCGGCAUAGAGGUCCUCGAGGGAGUCGGCCUCAAGGUCGUCCUCGAUGUACUUGACGAACUGGCCCUUGUAGCGCUCCUCAUCGUCGUCGGCGAGGGUCUCCAUGUACUCAGCGACGUGACCGCCGAAGAUGUACUUCUUGAGGGUCUCGGCAUCGAGCUCCUCAGACUCCAUGUCGAAACCGGGGAAGCGGUUCUCGGAGUGGGGGACGAGGAUACCACCGUCGGAGGCACCCUUCAUGACACCGAAGACACGGGCACCGGUGGAGGUGCGGGAGAGACCGACAUCAAGGAAGGCCUUGAAGGGGCGACGCUCACCAUCGUCGGUCUCGGUGGCCUCGGUGAGAGUGUACUCACCAUCGGCCUCCUCAACACCGGCGAACUGCUCAUCGAGGCCGAGCUUCUUCAAGACCCGGCGGGCGAGGAGGAGACCAGUGGCGUAGGCAGCGGCCCAGUUGGUAAGACCGUGCUCGAUGCCAUAGGCGCGGAGCUCGUGGGAGUAGGCGGCAGCGAAGAUCUUGUCACCGGUGAUCUCGGAGGUGACGAUCUGGGUGAUGAUGUCGCGGUUGGAGAAGCGGACAACGAGUCUGUACUUGGGGGCGUUGUACUUGUUCUUGGCCUGGGUGAUCAGGCGCUUGCGAGCAUAGUAGUCGGUCUUUCCCUCUCUUCUGCGCUUGUACUUGGUCUGGAAGCGGCUGUGUUUCGAGACAAGGUCAGCAAAAAUCACCAGAAAGUCGCGAGAAUGGCCAGGACAUGAGAAACUUACCUGUAGUACGCGCUGUUCUUCACAAGCUUGUGGAAGGCCUGAAUUCAGAAAUCCCCGAGUCAGCAAUUAUCGCUUCAGAUAUUUUUUUUUUCCUCCUCCGAAGCAUCUUGCGUUGACUCUACCCAAUUCCCCAGAUCUCUCGACUCGUUCGGGUGCAGGUGAAAACGACAGCGAUGCCAAUGGCAACGGCAGUGACAAAUGGCUGUAUCAACUUACCAUUUUGACUGUUGUUUCGCUGGGCGAUGCGAUACUCACAGGGCUCGGGGUUUGUCGACAAGUGGGAGGGGAGGUUGGAUUAUUCCACGACGGCAAGCAUUUGUGGGCGCAAAAUUUGGCCCCACAGCUUUCCAGAGUAGGGUGUGUGCGAAACUGCGUUGGGUGACGAAGGUGGGGCAGGCCAUAAGGGGCUUGGGACCCUAACCCUGGGUGCAGUUCAGCUCUUUCAUCCAAGUCCGCUUAUGUCAUCUGUUCUCCAACCCAACCCCAGACCGAAGCCGAGGUUCAAUUCGUCGGCUCCGGCUUUCAGCUUCCAUGCCGGUGUUGUCAAAGGGUAGGUGUGGUCGGUGAUGCUUGUCCAUACAUAACCAGUCGGCGGUUUGUCUCGUAAACUCCUGAUAGUUGCAAAUGGAACCAGAAGAGGUUCCCGUCGAAUACAUCCUUGACGAAAUCGACGCCAUGGCACCCGUAUCUUCGACUCCCAAGCCAAAGGUUCUCUUAUUUGAUAUUGGGGGUGUUUGUGUCAUCUCACCCUUCCAAUCCAUCCUCGAUUACGAGCUGUCACUUGGCAUCCCCCCAGGAUGGGUCAACUACUCCCUCUCCAAGACUGCUCCUACCGGAUUCUGGCACCGCCUAGAAAGAGGCGACAUCCCAAUGGACGCCUCCUUCUUCGACGGGUUCAACCAAGAUCUUCACGACCCGGCCCGGUGGAAGGCAUUCUACCAAGCCCAGCAAGCCAAGAACCCUGCUUUGCCAAAAGAGAUUCCUCCCCUUCCCAAGCUUGAUGGGCAAUGGUUGUUCAACGACAUGAUGAAAUCUGCUAGGGCACCGGACCCGUGGAUGUUCCCAGCCCUGAAGGCUCUUAAAGCCAGCGGCAAGUUCAUCAUUGCUGCUCUCAGCAACACUGUCAUCUUCCCACCAGGCCACGACUUGUAUCAGGAGAACUUCAUGGACGACCCCCUCCGCAGUCAGUUCGAUGUUUUUGUGUCAUCAGCUCAUGUUGGACUUCGCAAGCCCGACCCGAAGAUGUAUCAGUAUGCGUUGGAAAAGGUGAAUGAGUUUGCGAAGGCGAACGCGGGCACGGCAAGAGGUCAGGCGGGAGGGUGGUCGUCAGGAGUAAAGACAAAUGAAAUCACGUUUCUGGAUGACAUUGGAGAGAACUUGAAAGCUGCAAAGCAGGCUGGAUUUCAGACCAUCAAGGUGCCAUUAGGCAGAGCAUAUGAGGCAGUUGAGGAGUUGGAGAAGAUGACGGGGCUGUCGUUGGAUGGUGGCCACCCCAAGAUUCCCAUCAAGCCAAACUUCAAGGGCAGCAAGGCGAGGCUCUAGAACAUUCAAAUCAUGAUCAACAAUGUUUCCCUUAAUCAUCACGUCUUUUAAUCAAUAUGAUAAAGAAAGUUGGCUGUACAAAGGCAAGGAAAAAGGUCGAAAAGUCGCGAAAAGCUCACGACCUAACCCCGACCACGCUGGAGUAGAGCGCUAUGAAAACC